GAUGAUUUAGCAUAUUUAUUUGUUAGAGAAGGAGCCGGCUGUCAAGGCAGCGCGUUUUGGUGCCACAAUGAGCGAUGUUGUUGAGAAGACCCUGACAGCUCUGCCGAGUCUUCUGUCGUUAGACACACAAGGCGGCUCUGGAAAGCUAUCCUCCACUUCGAAAUUAGGAAACCUCAUCCGAGGCAUAACGGAAUUAACGUCCAAACAUGAGGAGGAAAAACUUAUUCAUCGUGAGAUGGCUUCUAUCAAAGAGCAAGUGUCCUCCCCAAACACCUCCAUGAGGCAGAUGAAGGAGCUCAUGGUGAGAGCCAUCUACUGUGAAAUGCUGGGAUAUGAAGCAUCUUUCAGCUAUAUUCAUGCUAUCAAGCUGGCCCAGCAAGGCACCGUUCUGGAGAAAAGAGUGGGUUACCUGGCUGUGUCCUUGUUUUUGAAUGAAAGUCAUGAGUUGCUGCUCCUUCUUGUGAACACUGUAUUGAAGGAUCUUCAGAGCACAAACCUUAUUGAAGUGUGCAUGGCGCUUACUGUUGUCAGUCAAAUGUUCCCUAAAGAUAUGAUACCUGCAAUUCUUCCACUGGUUGAGGAGAAACUGACUCACCCAAAAGAAAUCAUUCGGCGGAAAGCAGUCCUGGCACUUCAUAAAUUCUACCUUAUUGCACCUAAUCAAGUUCAACACAUUCACAACAAGUUUCGGAAGGCUCUGUGUGACAAGGAUCCCGGAGUUAUGUCAGCUUCACUACACAUUUACUUACAGAUGAUCAAGGAGAACCCAGAGGGUUAUAAGGACCUGACAGCAAGUUUUGUAACAAUAUUAAAACAGGUGAUUGGAGGAAAGCUUCCCUUAGAUUUUAACUACCACAGCGUUCCUGCUCCCUGGCUGCAAAUCCGACUCCUCAGAAUACUUUCCUUUCUAGGGAAAAAUGACCAGAGUACAAGUGAGAUGAUGUAUGAAGUGCUUGAUGAGUCUUUACGGAGAGCAGAGAUGAAUCACAACAUAACUUACGCAAUAUUAUACGAAUGUGUAAAAGCCAUUUACACGAUUCAUCCAAGAUCUGAACUUUUGGAAAGAGCUGCAAAGUGCAUUGGCAACUUUGUUCUGUCUCCAAAAAUCAAUCUGAAAUAUCUAGGACUGAAGGCCCUCACCUAUGUGGUCCAGCAGGAUGCUAACCUUGCUCUACAACACCAAAUGACCAUUAUUGAGAGUCUAGAUCAUUCUGACCUCAUCAUCAAGCGCGAGACUCUGGAGCUGCUCUUCCGGAUCACAAAUGCCCAAAAUGUCACAGUCAUUGUUGAGAAGAUGCUGCAAUUCCUCCACCUCAGUAAAGAUGACUACACAACUAUUGACCUGGUGGGGAAGGUGGCGGAACUAGCAGAGAAAUUUGCCCCAGACAAUGGAUGGUUCAUUGAGACCAUGAACACUGUGUUUUCACUGGGGGGAGACAUGAUGCAGCCUGACAUCCCGAACAGUUUUCUAAGACUGUUGUCUGAGAGCUCUGACAAUGUGGAGGAGGACUUGCAGCUGAGGGUUUUUGCUGUGGAUUCAUACGUGUCUUUGCUGCAAGGAGAUCCUGGAAAACUGCCAGAGUGUUUCCUCCAAGUCAUCAGCUGGGUACUAGGUGAAUACUCACAUUUGAAGGCAGGACUCGAACCUGCCACGGUAAUGAGACUCCUGGUCAGGCUGUUGGAUAGGAGGCACACCAGCAGUGAAACAAAGAGCUGGGUCUUGAUGGCCAUGACCAAGCUGUGUGAGGGCCCUGCCUGUGUGUCUGUGGCCCAGGAGGUGUCUGAGAGAUACAGUGGCUCCCUGGAUACCAUACUUAGGCAGAGGAUCCACGAAUUGCAGCACCUCAGCCAAGACUCACAGUUGCGGGUCAGCACACUGUCUCGAGACACUAGCUUGGAGCACCUGGAGGUGGAUUCCUCUCUGUCAUUUUUGGAUGGAUUUGUAUCUGAGGCACUGGCUGCUGGGGCUGCUCCAUACAAGCCUACUCAUCAGCGGCAAGCAGAAUUAGCCCAAACCAAAGCUCUGAGCCUGGAGCCGUAUGGUCUGUCUCUGCCAAUCGGCAUGUCCUCCUGUAGCAUUGCAGACAGGCAGUCUCCUACACUGUUGUCCAUGAGUUCAGGUUUAUCAGGCAAUAGCACCGAGCUCUCACAAAAAGGAGGCUCUACCACUCUGAAACUUGAUGGCAUGAAGAGGGUAUGGGGUAGGGAGGGCUAUCUGGCCCAGAGAGAACCUGUGGAUGAGACUGCCCAAGUUGAGGUUCCCAGUCCCCUGUGGUCACCCAGCCAGCUGGGUGGCGUUGAUAACACGCACGAGCAGACUCCCAGCCUGACACCCACCCCAGAGUCUGAAAAAGAGAAACAGCAGCUGGCUUCAUCACUAUUUGUUGGCCUGGGCUCUCACAACGCUGUUAGUCUGAUGGGAAAAACAGAACCAAUGCCCGGGCGAUUCAGAAGAAAAGCCAGAGGUCAGGAUAUGUCCUCGGGUGCCAGUGAGCAACCACUUAACCAUCCAACUGCCCUUGUCAAUGCUGCUCAUAGCACUGUGGAUAGCCUGCUUUGUAACAGCCUAGUAUACUCAACCACCACCUCAAACAUGGAGGUUUCCACACCCAAACAAAGCCCCACACUCUCUCAGAGUCUUAUUACUGAUAACGGAACCUGUGAUGUAGAGGGAGAUUCAACAGAAGAUACUGUUAAGGGAAGCGCCCCCUCUCUCAUCAGGGACAAUGGAAUGAUGACUGUCGAUCCCAUUAUACACACAGACCCAGGAAAACCCAAGGACUUAGGGUACAACUCCCACAUGCCUGCAGAGUUGCAUGGGCUGUCCUGCUCAGAAAUCGUUCCCCUCUGCUCCAACCAAAGCCUGACUCUCUCAGCAUGUCAUAUCCAGAGGGAGGAUGCCUUACUGCUCGUCAUUUUCAUUGCCAACUCCUCUGACUUAGAUGUUCAACAGGUGCUGCUGCAGAUGACUUCUGGAGAACUUGAGGUGGCCUGUAUGUCUGACAGUCAACUAGAUGUGGUGAGGAGCCACGGUGUAUCGGUGUGCCAGUACUCGCUGUUCAUGAAGAGACCCUCGGUUCAUGUGGAAGUGGCUGGAGAGGUAUCCUACCAGCUGCCCGACAGGGGACCUCAGACAACACAAUUCUCGUACAGACUCUCUCUCGUCAACUUUGUCAGGGCUCUGGCUGUGUCCACAGAGGAGUAUGGGACAAUGUGGCUGGCUUACUCCCAUGAUACCAGACAGAACCUGGCACUCAUAAAUGAUAGUGAAGAUCCUCUCACAGCUACUUUGAGUGUGCUAAGGGAAAAACUCCAUCUUCAUGUUGUGGACAUCAUUGGAUCAGAGGGUAUCAUAGCAUGCCAGCUCCUACAGGGUCAGCCGUGUCUGAUGCACUGCCGUGUCCAUGCAGGCUCGCUGGCCGUGUGGCUGCGCUCCCCAGUCUCCGAGCUGCCCGACUGCCUGCUCUACCAUUGUCAGAGGGCCUUACAAGAGCAUUGAACUGUCAUCACAUCACUUACACUGAAACCCACUGACAACUAGACCACUAGACCGGCUGAUAGCUGAAGAGGAAGGUACACAAGACAUGCCUGAUCGCAAUGACUGAAAACAGUAUUGAACAAAACAUUGCAGGUUGCAAUAUUUAUCUUAUCCACUGAAUGAUUCACCGUUGGUUGUCUCUGUCACUAUACGUUAUUUAUCUUGUUU